UGGGUCAUUGAGUUCAUUCGCACUACAGCAGCGGCGCCCUCCAUAGAGAUCCGCUGUCUCUCUCUCGCUCACACUCUCACUUCAGGAAUAUGUGUCAGAUGGAUGGCGAGGCGAAAAACAAGAGCUUUUAAAAUAUGGUGCAAACGGUACGUGCCUCCGCGCUUCGCUUGACCUUUCAUCAGGACAAAGGAAGUCGAUGAGCCGUUUUAAGCGGAGCCGCUGCUGCCAUUUUCAGGUCAGUCGAGGAGACUCGCCGGAGCUCGAGCUGUCGAUAAGCGGAAUAAUACCGAGCGAAGAGAUGGAGCGCUGCGAAUGAUUAUGGCCGAUAGUCACCGAAGGGGCACGGACAGAGGCAGAGGCAGGAUGACAUCAGGAUACUCACAGCAGUAUGUGAGCAGCAAAGCGUCAGACAUACAGGAGCUGGCGUCCAAGCGAGUGGACAUCCAGAAGAAGCGCUUCUACCUGGACGUAAAGCAGAGCACCCGCGGCCGCUUCCUGAAGAUCGCCGAGGUGUGGAUCGGCCGUGGCAGACACGACAACAUCCGCAAGAGCAAACUCACCCUAUCCAUGUCCAUGGCGCCCGACCUGCGUUACUGCCUGGGCGACUUCAUUGAUUAUUACGCGCACAUCGGGCUCCGAGGAUGCCAGGCGCCGGACCGCCGGCCGGAGGAGCAGAGCAACGGCCAGGGUCGCGCGCCGGACCCCCGCCGGAGAACCGCGGACCAAGCGGCGUCCCCCAGCGGCUCCGCCGCGUCCGAGGAGCAGACGCACCGGGUGCUGAAGAGCGAGUUCAUCGAGCGGGACAACAGGAAGUACUACCUGGACCUGAAGGAGAACCAGCGCGGCCGGUUCCUGCGCAUCAGGCAGACCGUCAACCGAGGGCACGGGAGCAUGGGUUACUACGGGCAGGGCAUCGAGCAGACCAUCGUGCUGCCCGCGCAAGGUCUCAUCGAAUUCAGAGAUGCGCUGUCUCAGCUCAUCGACGACUACGGCGACGACGAGCCCGAGCGGGCCUGCGCCCGGAACCACGACGAGUCGCCCGAGCUGCCCGAGGCAGCGUCGUUCCGCGUCGACAACAAGCGCUUUUACUUCGAUGUAGGCUCGAACCGCUUCGGCGUCUUUCUGAAGAUCAGCGAGGUCCGCCAGCCCUACAGGAACACUAUCACCGUCCCGCUGAAAGCCUGGGCCCGCUUCGGGGAGAACUUCAUGAGGUACGAGGAGGAGAUGCGACACAUCUUCACAUGUCAUAAAGAGAAGAGGACAGACACGGAGGAGCACGAGGAUUGACGCAAACUACUUCUGAAUUUCUGUUCUUAGUUGUAUCUCUAGUCUCCUGCUGUACUAGCGGACGAUCGCGACGGCACUUUACCGUUCGACCCCUUUCCGUUCUUGCCCACUGUUAAAGUUGAUUUCAAUCCAGGCAAAAUCCAAGCGUCUCGUACCUGUGCAGAGAGGCUCUGCUGGGGUUGCAGUGUGUGCGCGCGCGCGUGUGUGUGUGUGUGGGGCCGGACAGGUGCAGUCUUUCAGUAAGUGUGUAUGCAUGCAUGUGUGUGUGUGUGAGAGAGAGAGGCAAACGGAGUGUUUAGUAGAGCAUUAGGAUUUGGUGUUAUUACAUCCAGUACUUCUUCCCAGGCUUAAAAUAUAAGGGGCUGCUGUGCAAUUUCUCAAAGCUGGGAAUCAAAUAAUCAAGGUCCUAUCAAGCACUUAUAUCAGAGAUGCACUGCACACGAUCGAGUGCGGAGUAUUUUGACGGUCCAAAGUGAUUUUUUUAAAAGCUUGACUUCAUCUCAACUGCAAGUCUUUGCCAUUGCACAAAUAAUACUUUCCCUAUUUGAAAUUAGAAACCAAAAAGUGCAUUAAUAUUGACAUUAUUUGGAUGAAUUAUUUACACACUAGUGUAAUGAAAAAUACCUAAGCUAAUGAGGCUGCUUGAACUGUAAAGCAUCAAAUAUGACACUGACAUUGUGUGGCCAUGCUUUAGCAUAAAUGAAGGGACACAUGAAGAUUAGUUUUUUUUUUUUUAAGUUUUUAAAAGUGGCUUUAAAUGAUGGAUUCUAAAUCACUUUUGAUAGGUGUGCAAUAUAUUGUUUUUCCCUGUCAGUGGGGUUAAAACGAGAACUGUGCAAAACAAACAUAAAUAGGCUCAUUUUAAAAUCACAGACUUGACUAGUUUAGCUUGGUUUGUAGGGUUAUGUGGUCUUAUGUUGAAAAGAGUUAUCACACUGGAUUUACGCAGACCUAUAAAACAUUUAAAUGCAUUUGACCUGAUGUCAUUCCUAUCAAAACAAUAAAUGUUUAAAACUAAAUAUUGUCAUACACACAUAUUCUACUGCAUAACUAAUAAGUAAUCAUUCAUUUUUUAAAUAGUGUAUGAUAAAAUGUAACAAAAAUAACAAGCAAUUUGCAGCAUCCCCACAUGUCCUUGACAUCCAGUUCGUUGGAUUGCAGGAAGUGGUUUGUGCAGAUUUUGUCAUACUAAAGUCUACACUGAAAUUGGGCGUACUAUGCACAGUAUGUGUUUUGCAUACUGAAUUUUAUUCAAAUAUAAUAUAAGCAGUAGUGGACUAUUAUGAAAACACAGCAUAUGUUAACUAGAUGCCUUUACUAAAAGUUUUUUCCUGGGGUUGUAGCAUUUAGAGGCAUGGACAUACAUGCAUCUAGGCAGUUGUUUUCUCGUUAAAGCACAACUAAUGAGUAUUUUUGUUGGUUUUAGGUCUGGCUCGAGUUGGCUUCUGUUUAUUUGUACUGUAUUUUUUGUCCAGCUCACGAGAAAAGCAAUUCGUUACGGCAUUUAUUUUUUUCUUCGUUCGUAAGCAUGCACGUGUGUGUGUGUGUGAGAGAGAGAGAUUUAUGUAUUUAUGUUUUACCAGAAUAUUACUGAAUUAUGGGUACAUUCUGUGGGUUAGUGUUAAGAAGCUGAUCUAUAACAGACACCUCCUACAGGAAGCACUUUAUUCAAACAGCACUUUGAGCUGCUUCAUCUGCUUUACCACUGCAAAGAGAACCUUCAUUUGUGCCCCAUGUGAAAAGAGUGACAAUCGUGCUCCCAAAUGAACACCUCAGCCUUUCAGAAGUGCAUUCAUCUGUUUGCUCUGUGUGCUUCUUGGUUCAUUUCGAUCAGAUUUGGUUGCAGCGUGUGAUUUCAAGGGUUUGAUUAGCAUAUCACUGACACCAAGUAUUCAGUCUGUGAUUGUAUUGUUCUCAUUGUGUGGUUUGUUUCCUAUGCCUGUCUGCACACAGAUUCCAUACAAUAAGGGCUGCUAGAGGAGGCAGUAUAUACUAGCGUGGGUCAUAAUGGCUAGUAUGCAGAUUUCCCGAGUUUAGAAGGUAGGAAGGUUGAGGCAGUUAUUUUAGCCUCAAAUUUCUAACCUUUUUUCUACAAAGGGCAUCAAAAUACCUUUGAAUGGCAGCAUCUGGUUGUCCUCUUUUACCUAUAAAGCAGUAAAUGCAUAGCUGGCGCAAAACUGAUGAACCAUGUGCACUUUAAAAAUCUGAGUACAGGUUUGUUCCCAACAAAGAAAUGCGUAGAGGUAUGCUUGUUAUACGUGUAUGUGCAAUGCAUGACCAGAAGAGAGCAGUGUUCGUAUGAUGUUUUUCUCGCUUUAUGUAUAGGUGGUAUACAAAUAUUGCUAGUGUACACAAUUUAUCUCCCUGAUGAAACAGCUUAUUUAAUUUUAAAGGAAUUAUUUGGGAAGACGGAUGUCUGUUUUCCUGUAGUGUUAGAGGAAACAGGUAUGUCAAUUUAUAAGGCCAUCUCAAAAUGCUAUUAUAUUGCAGCUAUAUCUGAGUUACUCUAAACACUUGAAUUCAUGAAAUUGGACUGUUAUGCAUAACAUGUACUGAAGUCACAGUUUUCAGCCCAUAGGCCUUAAAAUCAUUACACUGUGGUUGUAAUGAUUGACUUUAGGGUUACGAGUUGUCGUUCCAGCGUAGUUUGCCUUCAUCUCUAAAAUGUAACAUGUUGUACACAUGGCGUUAGAAAACAAAAGAAAAGGGAAAAAGGUGUUUCGACCUCGCAAAUAAAGGUGACCUCGCAAAUAAAAUGAACAAUAACACAAAGCAAAACAGAAAAAUGUUUCAGUUCGGGGGAAUAUCAAAAUAUAAGAGCAGAGAUGCAUAAACUUCUGUAUGUGUUCUUGAUAGUGGUGUGGGUAAUGUGACGUUCUAAAAAAGAAAAAAGAAAAGGUUGUUCACCAACUUUCUUGAGUUGUUUCCUUUUAUCUUUGUGUUGACCAUCUGCGGUUGGAAUUAAGACGUGUCAGUGUUUGUUAAAUGAUUUUAAAAGACGGCAAAAUUUACAAAAAAAAAAUGUUUUGGUGUAUCUUUUAGAUAAUGUAAUGUAGUGUGUCCUCCUGUAGAGCCUUCGAAUACUAUACGACUCAAAAACAAGAAAGAAAUGGUUCUGUCUAGUAGCACUUUCUUUUCAUGUGAGUACUGUAUUAGUUUCUGUUUAACAUGUAUGGUACAGUAUGAAUAAUCCUGAUUUGCCUUGUAAUGUUUUUAAAAGGUUGAAAUAUGUAGGAUACAUAUCUGAUGAAAUAUGAAGUUUUAAAUUUGACGUUCGUGCAUGCCAACAGUAGGGUCCUGACAAACUUCAAAUAUAUAUAUGAAAAAAUGGUGCUAUAUGAGAACAUAUAAAGGUGCUGAACUGGACCCUAGCUGCAUGCAUAUUGAAUGACAAUGGAAGCAGUAGAGCAAACCCGAGGCUAGACGCUGUUGUCAAUCUCGAGAUAGACGACCAGAUGCCCUUUCUCAACGUGAGCAGUUUUGCGUAACUGUAAAUCAUGCACACAUUACAAACGCUUGUCUGUGUCUGUGCGGCCGUGAGCCUGCGUUCCAGUCGUGUGUGUGGAGAGGCUCCCUGUCCGCAAGUCUGGCUUUAUUCUCCAGUUAAGGUUGCUUUGAACAGGAUGACAUAAGAAAGGUGCGUUUGCUCAUAUUAAAGCUGCAGCAACUAUGUCAGACAUGCAGCCAGGGAGCAGCCCAUCUGCCAUGGCUGAUACUCAGUCUUUAUGGUGAAUAACACAGCACAUUAUAGAACUGGUGGGUAAGAACUUGAAUCAGCAGACGUGUCAUGGUGGAUAUCCUCACCAAAGUACAUGCUGAAAUGUUUGAUGCUUAUUUACAGUUACCCAAUAUUUGUGUGUAAAAGUUCCACAGACAAUCUAAUAAAGUACAACUUUUUUAUGUUUAAAA